CCCCGUGUUGUUAUGUAGUGGGUAUUUUUAAACAUAUCAAAUAGAUACACAUAUCCAGGGAUCUGAUUAAUUCCUUUCCAUUUACACAUCCAUGCCCCAAUCAAUGGAAAUGAGCAGUUGAUGUAUAUGGACGCAUGGGCAGCCUACCGGACCUGACGGAGCGUUCGCGGCCCAGCGUCCGCCCAGCCGCACGGACCAUCUCAGACCCCAAUAGACAUAGAACCGUUAUACCACAGAUUCCUGUUAGCACAAUUUACAAGAAGGAAUGGCCAUGGCGGAAAACAAAGGCCCCUAUCAAAUUGCCACCUGUGCCUGUAAACCGACGAAGAGAGUCAGUUGCAUCAUCCCUCGGCGCCGCAUCAGUCCGGCGCCUUAUUACACGGCAGCCUCAAAAACUCCCCAAACCUGUUAUUACACGGUUCACUCUUCUCUGUAUAGCAAGUGGCCUCUCAUCCACAGCACUUCUCCCUUUCACGGCAUAUGCAGGGGCAGAAGCUGGAGCCAUGCCUUUAGCUAUAAUGCACACCAUCGCAGCCAUUGUAUCACCUUUCUCACCCAUCAUCCUACAAAAGACAGGAACAAGAAUGGUCAUUAAUUUAAGCUACAUUUUGAUAUGCGUUCUCUUAGCCGCUCAUACGAUUGAUACGCCUCUGUCAAUUCUUCUCUUUCUAUAUAGUAUUUGUGGGGCUAUGCUCUCUCCAAUGGAACUGGCCCUGGCUGCGUCUGCGACGUCUUUUUCACAAGCAGCUGGUGAUGAAUGUAGGAGGAAAAUAGCUCUGAGACGAGCGUUAAGAGCUCUUCGAGCGUCACAUGAUUUAGGGCUGGUGAUGGGAUCGCUUAUGCUAGGAGGAGCUUUAUUAAUCUGGCCAGAAGAUUUAUUACCAUUACUGCAGCCUAAUGCAAUACAUAAUUAUACAACGCCAAGUUGGCCGCCAUCGGAGGAUGAUUUAGUUGAAGAAGAUUUUGAGGAAAUGACAUGUGGAGCGUCCGGUUGUCCAGACAUCCAAUCGCUGGUGGGCACGGCUCUAAGUGCCGAUGGUCGCCGCGUUUUGGUGGCUGUUUGGGCAGUUUUGGCGUUAGUUGCCUCAAUUUUGGCCCUUUACGGGGCAGCUGCGACACCUUCACCACCUCCAGAUGCUCGUUCUUUGCUUAAAGAUGCUAGAGGACUUCUAGGCGUUCCCAUGGGAUUAUUUAUUGGACUGCAACAGGGUUUUAUAUAUACUUCAUAUAUUAAGUGGUACGGCGUAUGUGUUGGUGGUUGGAGCGAGGCAUGGCGAGCACUUUGUGGCGCUGGAGCGCUGCAAGCGUUAGCCGCUGCCACUCUCAGUAUGGCAGCCGCUCGAGGAAGACGUAGCUAUUUAGGUGCUGGAGGUGCCGCAGCCCAUGCUUCAUUAUUGCUAGCGUUACUUCGCUGGAGAGCCGCUAAAACUGACCUAGCUCUACCAACAGUUGCAGCCGCUGCAUGGGGCGCUUGUUCCGCUUUGUGGGAUGUUUUACAGGGUGGUAUAUCAGUAGGAGGCCCUGGGUGGCGUGGACCUUGGUCCCUUACGCUCAGCGCUCGACAUGCAGGGCUGGCUCUAGCCUGCGCUGCGCGACAAUUUCUCUGUGUGAGGACACAGCUCGCUGUCCUAGCUCUUGCCCUCUUCACAGCCUUGUCGUCUCAUGCUAUAUUGGAACUGCGGAUUAGGAGGGAAAUCCGUCAUCGCUCCUAGCGACGAUAUGGCCAAGCAAGAGAGAACAAUACAUUCCAUGUUAUGGCUUGACAGUGACAAGUUUUGAUGUUUGGUGUAAUGAACAGUGUUUAGUGUCAUAUUUUCUCAUUUACUUGACAGUGACAGAAUCUUUUCUAACUAGAUAGCAACAAGAAUAUGUCAUAAAUGAUCAAGAAGAUGGCAAUGUUAUCUUCUUUAAUUCAGAUAGUUUGCAAUCUAUGUCUUCACUAUAUAAUAAGAAUAUCGCAGAAAUGGCCGAAGUUUUUUUACUUAAAAUUUUGUAAUGAUCUUCCAUUGUUUUAGUUUAAUUAAUAAAACGCACGAUAAUAUCAGUCU